AUAGUUACCGGUUGCCGUUUCAAAUUUUAUUUACACACGUGUUUAGUCCAUGGUUUAAUCUACGACCAAUGUGAACAGAAGUCAGCUGCUGCUGGUCGUAGCAGUUAAUCGUUAUCGUUAAACCGAACGUCGGGAAAACGUUAUUUAUGUUAAUUUUAAAUAUUGAGCAGUGAGAACUACCGGGUUCGAGUCGUACCGACAAAAACAAAUAAAUUAAAAAUACAUCUUUUUAAUAAAUUAUCAUAUUAUACACAUCGUAAUAUGUGUUUACUAAAGGUCGCCAUUACUAUGUGACCGCUCAUUAUUAUAUAAUAUUUGGCAUUUUAUAUUAAUUUUCAAAUAAACACCACAGUGCCAAUAGUGGUGCGAGUCGCUCAAUUAUUACGACUCGUCUGUACCUACCUGUUUGUUUCUUCUUCGUUUCUGGCAUAAUAGUCAUUUCAAAAUUAUGGCAGCUAAUGAGUCAGUUAACUGCUCAAUGGAAGCACUUAUUGACUGGAGUACUCCUGAAGUUGUGAAAAAUAAAAGUUACAUUGGAAAUUAUAUUAACAAUCCAUUUGAUAUACUUGAGUUGCAAGCAGCCAAUAUGGAUCCUUUUGAUUUAGUCCCUGAACAAACUCCAUUAAGAGGAGAUCCGCCGUGCGGUAACAUAUUAAGUCCUCUUUGGGAAUCAAAAGUCAGUAGGCGAAUUCAAAAAAGUGUAUCAUUAACAGAUAUUCAUGGAGUUGCAAAACUUUUGGAAAAAAAUUACAUGGAUCAAGACAAAGAUGAUUUUGUGAAGAACCAAUCAAAAGAUGAUUGUGCUACAACAGAAUGUGUUAGCACAACAAUUAGCGAUCAGUCAAUCGAUAAUAAUGUCUUAGUUCAUAUAGGUGAAAACCAAACAGAAAAUCAAGAGCCAUCAAUAAAAUUGGUUUUUGUACCAGAUCAGAAUGAGGUGGAUAUAGAAAAAAAUUCUUAUUGUAACGAACAGGAAAAGAAACAAAUUAGAGAGCAGACACGACAACGAAUUGGAAUUCUCAUUGAAAAAGAGAAAAAAAAUUACGAAGAAUGUUAUUCAAGGAAGUCAUUAUUUUGUACACCAAAACGUAGUAACACAGAGUCAAAUUUAAAUAAAUAUCUAAAUUCAAGCGUGUUAAAUAGAGGAUUCAUAGGGAGUUUUAAUUUAAAUUCCAAUAGUAUUAAUAAAACACCUGAUAAUACUAUUGACAUAAAUGAAAACAUUACGUCAAAUGAUAAUGUGGAAUUUCCAUUCAAUGAACUAAACUCUUUUGAUCUUAAUUCUUUAAAACCUGAAUGGGUAGUGGAUAAUUUCAGUGAUAGUGAUGGAUCUAGUGAUAUUUCAUUGGUAAAUUCUGUGACAGAAAUUAAACCGACUGACGAUAAUCAUCAAGUUGAUGUCAAGUUGAAAACUCUCAAUCGCUUAGGAAUUGUCGAAUCAAAACCAAAUGGAAGUCAAACUGUUUUGAAGUCCAUGCAAAAUAAAAGGCUCCAAAGCAAAGGUCCAUUUAUAGCCAAUGUCCCGGUUAAACACAUGGUGCAAAAUUUUAAGGAUGUAGAAAAGAAAGAUGUCAGUCACGGUUCUGUUAGUCCACGUAAAAUGAAGCCUAUAGCCUCUUCUACACCAACAGCAUUAGAUAUUGCUACUCUAGCUAAAACUCCUUCAACUGCAGAGUCUUCUAUUAAAUCAAGGAGUAGUUUAUCACGGCGUUCAAUGCCCAAUUCUGGAAGCCCAGGAACACCAUUAAAUGUUACGAAGUGUAUUAAAAAGAAUUCAACUAAUACUACAGUUGUUUUGUUUGGCAAAGCUAAUGAAAGAAAUUCUGAAAUAUUGCGAUCGUUUAAAUUAAACAAAUCAAAGUCCGAAAGUAAAAUUGGGAUGAUACCAAAACCUAAUGUAAUGAAUACAACUAAAAUAAGUGGCUUGCCAGUUUCAAAACGGUUUACUAUGUCAUUCAAAGGGAAAGAAAAUGUACAAACUCAGUAAAUUAGUAUGUUAGACAUUGUAAUUUUAUGUGAACAUUUGUGCACAUAAUAUUAAAUUUUUUUUU